AUGAAAAAGAAACAUUCUCCUGCAUUAACAACAGCUCACAAAGAUCAUAUGACAUGGAAUAACAAGUGGAACAAAGUCAUCUGGUCUGAUGAAAAGAAGUUUAAUUUAGACGGUCCUGAUAGUUUUUCGUACUAUUGGCAUGAUCUUCUUAAAGAAGAGAUUUUUUCCACUCGUGUUCAAGGUGGUGGUAGUGUCAUGAUUUCGGCAUCGUUUGACUGGGGUGGUAAGAGCUCAAUCUGUUUUAUAGAUGGACGGAUGAAUUCGAAUGAAUAUUGUGAGGUGCUCAAAAAACAUCUACUCAACAUCGCAGAUAGUUUGGGCGGAUCUGAAUGGGUCUUCCAACAGGAUAAUGCGCCUGCCUAUCGAGCGAAGAUCAAUCUGGCUUGGUUCAAGUCGCAAAAAAUUAUCGUUUUGCCGUAGCCAUCAUUAUCUCCAGACUUGAAUCCAAUAGAAAACCUAUGGGGUAUAAUAUCAAGGAAGGUUUAUUCAGAAGGGAAGCAAUUUAGAACGAAAGAACAGUUGAAAGCUGCCAUACUCAAGUCAUGGGAAGAAAUAAGCUUUAAUCAACUACGCGAUUUAGUCACUUCAAUGCCCGACAGAAUAUUCGAAGUUAUUAAGCAAAAUGGAGCGAAGACACGAUAUAAAUCAGUAUUUUGAAUUUUUUUUUCCUAUUUCAUUUACAGUGGUCUUAUAUGUAUGCACCAUAAUAAACCACGAAAUUUCAGAAAUCCAUGAAGCAUAAUUGAUAAAAUCUUGAAUAUUUCCAUACUGUAUACAUAUGCCCCAAUACUCUUAUUUUCAAAGAAUUAGCUCGAUCUGAUUAAUCUAAGUACUAAAACCAGUGGUCUUAUAAUUAUACACCAGACUGUAAUUAUGUUAUGAUUCUAUGAAUAUUUUAUGUUCUUCCAUAAAUUUUCUUAUAAACAGGUAAAGUUCUGUUUCAUAGCAGAUAAGAACUACAAGCGUUUUUUUAAAUAGCUGUGUAUUUAUGUUAAAGUAUAUCGAGACAUAUAUGGGUGGAUUCAAUGAUUGUUGAGAAUUGAGCAAAACAAUCGUUUCACUGUAAAAUAAAUAACGUCAGUACAUCUGCUAAUCAUAGGGUUCGGGUGUUGGUGUGGGUGUGUAAAUGUUACCACGAUAACCAAGUUACUUUCAAUGUUGCUGACUCAAUCUUAUCAAGUGGCCUAAGUACCUAUAUGAGAGAUGCAAAACCAAAGAUAUUUAAUGAAUAUAACAAACCUGAGGUUGGGGAUGUGGCUGUCGGUAUGGGUGUGGGUGUGGGUGCGGGUGUGUGGGUGUGG